CUCCUGUGGCGGGAGCAGCGGCCGUCGCUGCAGCAGCAGCUCAAGGAGCAGCAGCAGCAGCACGAACCGCAGCAGCAACAUCAGCACCAUGAGCCGCAGCAGCAACAACAGCAGCAGCAUGAACCGCAGCAGCAGCAACAGCAGCAGCAUAUACCGCAGCAGCAGCAACAGCAGCAGCCAUCACCAGCAGCAUCCACAGCACGCGCAGCGGGUCUACUGCAGCAGCAGCAGCAGCAGCAACGGCAGCAGCAACAGCAACAGCAGCAGCAGCAACAGGAGCAGCAGCAUCCGCAGCGGGAGCGGCGGCAGGAGCAGCAGCAGCAGCAGCAGCAGCAGCAAGAGCGGCAGCAGCAGCAGCAGCAAGAGCGGCAGCAGCAGCAGCAGCAAGAGCGACAGCUAGAGCAGCAGAAACUGCAGCAGCAGCACCCGCAGCGGCAGCAGCAGCAGCCGCAGCAGCAGCCACAGCAGCAGCUGCAGCAGCAGCACCUGCAGCAGCAGCGGCCGCCGCAGCACCUGCAGCG